UCUUAGUCAGUCAGUCUGUGCGCCGCAGUGUGCGUGCGUGCGUGCGUGCGUGUGUCGGUUGGGUCGAGAGCUCGGAGCGUCGGGCGCUCGGAGCACUGGCAGUGCCUCGCCGAGAUUCGUGCGGACACGAGUGUAAGCAUAAGCCUUGGACGCGCGCGCGGGGCUUUAGCCGCCGCCUGGCCGCUGAGAGGACGCGCGCUUCGACCUCCCACACGCCUUCCCCCCGUGACGAGGAGCCGAGGAUGAAGUGGCCGGGGAUGCUGAUCGUCGUCGCGGCGAUCGCCAGCUGUACGAGCGCCGAGCCCGACCCCUCGAUCGAGCUCAACCGGAUAUCCAAGCUGAGGGACGAGGACAAGUGCUACGAUAACAGUGCGAAGCCGCAGCGGUGUAUACCGCCGUUCGAGAACGCCGCCUUCAACGUCGUCAUCGAGGCAACGAAUACCUGCGGCCAAGAUGGCCGUGGCACGCCCUUCUGUAAGCAGACCGGGAAGUCGAGUAUCCACAGGAAGUCCUGCGACGUCUGUUACGAGGGUGACCAUACAGCCUCCUUCCUUACGGAUCACGAUAACAACGAAAAUGCCACCUGGUGGCAAUCGGAGACUAUGUUCGAAAGUAUACAGUAUCCUAACCAAGUCAACCUUACCCUGAACCUUGGUAAAACUUUCGACAUAACCUACGUACGAGUUCUUUUCGAGUCACCCCGGCCCGAGAGUUGGGGCAUCUACAAGCGGAAGAACGAGAAGUCUCAAUGGGAACCCUAUCAAUUCUAUUCGGCCACGUGUCGUGACACAUACGGCUUACCCGAAUCCAAGGAGACUGUGCGAGGCGACGACACCCGGGUGCUCUGUAACAGUGAAUACUCGGACAUCGUGCCCUUGUCCAAAGGUACGGUCGCCUUCUCAACGCUCGAGGGCAGACCAUCCGCCUACUACUUUGAAACGAACACGGAGCUCCAGGAAUGGGUGCAAGCCACGGAUCUGCGAAUAACUCUUGACAGAUUGAAUACGUUCGGGGACGAGGUGUUCGGCGACGACCAGGUACUGCAGUCCUAUUACUAUGCGAUCGCCGAUGUUGCGGUCGGCGCUAGAUGUGCCUGCAAUGGACACGCGGGCGAAUGCGUCAACAGUACCAGCGUCGACGGCCGUACCCGCAGAGUUUGCCGGUGUGAACAUUUUACGACUGGUCCCGACUGCAAUGAAUGUUUGCCAUUUUACAACGACGCUCCUUGGGGACGCGCCACAACUACUGAUGCGCACGAAUGCAAGCCGUGCAACUGUAACGGCUAUACGGACCGCUGUUAUUUCGAUAAAGAACUCUAUAAAGCAACUGGACAUGGCGGUCACUGCUUGGAUUGUAGGGAUAAUCGGGAUGGAGCAAAUUGCGAGCGUUGCCGCGAGAAUUAUUACGCCCGGAUGGAUGAUGGCUACUGUAUUGCUUGCAACUGCAAUGAAAUCGGCUCGCGUAGUUUGCAAUGCAAUUCGGAGGGCAAAUGUCAAUGUAAACCUGGAGUGACAGGCGAUAAGUGCGAUAGGUGCGCUUCCAACUUUUUUGAUUUUAGCGGCUUUGGCUGCACGUCCUGUGAAUGUAACGUGGCCGGAUCGUUAUCAAAUUCACCAAGCUGUGAUCCAGUUACCGGAAUCUGCACUUGCAAAGAUAACGUCGAAGGGAAACGUUGCCGAGAGUGCCGACCAAGCUUCUUCAACCUCGCCGAGGACAACGAGUUCGGAUGUACGCCCUGCUUCUGCUACGGCCACUCCUCGCUUUGCCUGACCGCGAGCGGAUACUCGCGCGUCGGCAUCGAGAGCACCUUCGUGCGUGGUAACGAGAAGUGGUCGGCAAACGUCGCCGGCAAUUCCGUCCCAGUCAAUUAUGACUCUUUCUCCCAGGCUAUCUACGCGACGGCCCUCGACCGGGACAACGUCUACUUCGUCGCACCAGAAAGAUUCCUGGGCGAUCAACGAGCUUCCUACAACCAAGACUUAUUGUUUAGUUUGAAAAUUAGUGACAAUGGCCCGGCACCAACGGCUAGAGACGUUAUUCUAGAAGGUGGCAACGGCCAACAAAUUAUCCAACCUAUAUUUGGCCAAAGAAAUAGCUUGCCCACCGUAAAUUCCCAAGUAUAUACCUUCCGUUUACACGAGCAUCCUGAUUAUGGAUGGUUACCUCGCCUAUCGUCUCGGGCAUUUAUUUCCAUCUUGGCUAACUUAACGUCCAUAAAAAUUCGCGGUACCUACACUCACCAAGGCAAGGGAUACUUGGACGACGUUAAGCUCGAGACGGCUCAUCGAGGUGCAGCCGGUGAACCCGCCGACUGGGUCGAGCAUUGCAACUGUCCCCAGGGUUACGUCGGCCAGUUCUGCGAGUCCUGUGCACCCGGUUAUCAUCAUGAUCCACCGAACGGAGGACCCUUCGCACUCUGCGUACCCUGCAACUGCAACGGCCACGCGGAUAUAUGCGAGGCCGAAACCGGUCAGUGUAUAUGCCAGCACAAUACGGCUGGGAGCAAUUGCGAGCAUUGUGCUCGCGGUUUCUAUGGGCAGCCGUUGAAGGGAACAUCCGAUGAUUGUCAAGCUUGUCCUUGUCCUGAUAAUGGCCCGUGUAUCCUGCUCGGCAAUAAUCCCGAGCCCAUUUGCUCGGAGUGUCCCAUUGGCAGAACAGGUCCUCGAUGCGAGACUUGCUCAGAUGGAUAUUUCGGAAAUCCAGAGAAGGGGAUAUCCUGCAAAACUUGCGAGUGCAAUAAUAAUAUCGACUUGAAUGCCGUUCGCAAUUGCAAUCAAGAAACUGGCGAGUGCUUGAAAUGUGUUAAUAACACGGCUGGUCAGCAUUGCGAAGAAUGUUUGCAGGGAUACUACGGAGACGCUCUAUCAGAUCAAAAAGAAGAUGGCUGCAAACUCUGUCAGUGUAAUCAACAAGGCACACAAGAGAGAAGCGAUGACGGUGGAAUUGCUCCUUGCGAUCAACUGACGGGCCAUUGUUUCUGCAAACCCCAUGUCAUCGGUCGCAAUUGUGACAAAUGCGACGACGGCUAUUACAAUAUCAAGAGUGGAGAGGGCUGCUCGGCUUGCAACUGCGACCUUGAGGGUUCAUUUAACAGGACGUGCGACGCUUUCACCGGUCAGUGCGAGUGUAAAAUUGGUGUCACGGGUCAGCGUUGCGACUCCUGUCUGCCUUAUCAAUUUGGAUUUAAUAGAGACGGUUGCAAACCCUGUGAUUGUGAUAAGAUUGGCUCGCAAGACUUACAGUGUGAUGCUAAUGGCCAAUGUCCGUGUCUUACGAACGUCGAGGGUAGGACGUGCAAUCGCUGCAAAGAGAACAAGCACAAUCGUCAAUACGGCUGCAUCGACUGUCCACCCUGCUACAAUCUUGUUCAGGACGCCGUUAACGAGCAUCGUGGAAGGUUAGCCGAGCUCGAGGAUACCUUAAAGAAGAUCAAAAGUAAUCCCACAGUUAUCAACGAGGCAGGAUUUAAGCAAAAGCUCAAAGAUGUGCAAGAUAGAGUACGCGAACUUCUCGAACUCGCCAAGUCUGGAUCUGGAAGUGAAAAAAAAUCAUUGGUAGAACAGCUUGACGAACUUCGUGAUCAACUGACGGAAAUUAAUGAAACAUUGCAAAACGUUGAUCAAACGGCCAUCGAUGCCAAACGUACAACAUCUCAAGGACGAAUGAGCAUUGACGAAGCGGAAAAAGUGCUAGAUAAAAUUCACGAGCAAUUAACGGAAGCCGAGGAUUUCCUAGCAACCGAUGGACAACGGGCCUUGGCCGAAGCUAAAAAACGAGCCGAACACGUUGGCCAACAGAAUGAACAAAUGACGGCCAUCGCACAAGAAGCCAGAUCCGUCGCAGAUUCAAACAUCAAAGAAGCUAAGAGACUUCAAGUAGUAGCCGAACAAGCUAAAAAUACAUCUUUAGAAGCCUAUAAUCUCGCAAAGAAAGCUAUCGCUAAAUAUACAAAUAUAAGCGACGAAAUACGCUUCUUGGAAAAUAAAGUAAUUGCUUUGGAAGAUCGUUUCGCCAAUGUAAAGAAACUUACUGCUGCGGCUGUUACCAAGGCGGAAGCUGUAUCUAAGGAAGCACUGAGUUUGCUGAUACUUGGUAUCUCCGUACCAACGGUCAACGUCACCGAAUUGCAAAAUCACGUGGACAAUAUCAAUACGGAGGCCGCCAAGAUAAAAGAGCAUGCCACAACUCUUUUGGAGGAAAAUACGGAAUUGAUACGAGACAUCGAGGAUAAGGUGAGGAAGAGCGAGGAAUUGCUGGAGAAAGCGGAAGACCAACAAACGAUGACUGCUGAAUUGCUUGCCGAGGUUGACAGCGCCAACAAUAUCGCGAAAAAUGCCGUGAAUCGUGGCAAUCAAACGCUAAAUGAGGCUCAAGACACUUUGAAAAAACUCAGUGUAUUUGACGCGGAGGUACAAGAAGCACGCGCCAAGGCUCAAGAAGCUCUUCAGGACGUCGUGACGAUCCUCGAGCUGGUUAAGAAUGCGACGGCCAAGUCCAAAACCAUCCACCUCGUGCUUGAUAAUUCGGAAUUGAAUGCUAAUCGUGCCCAGGAGAUUGCCCAGAUCGCCCAGUUGAGUGCCAACAAUGCCAGUAACAUGGCUAAUGAGAUUCGACAGGAAGCCAACAAAACUAAGGCCGAGGUGAUUAAACUCGGUAACGAGGCCGAUAAGCUACAUCUCCGGGUUAAUACGACCGACUCGAUGAUCAGAGAGUACGAGGACCUCAUCCAGCAAGAUGUCGAUGUUACGGGACAGGCGAAACGAAAAGUUGGUCAAAUAAAAUCAAAUGUAACAGCAGCAUCUCAGCAAGUCUCCAAAGCUCUUGAAGAAAUUGCAGAGAUCACUCGAGAACUCGACGCCCUACCGGAAAUUAAUAAUGCGGACUUGGACCGACUGGAGGAUCGACUGAGUAAGGCAGAGUCGGAUAUACGGGUGGCGGAUCUCGAUCAGCGUAUCCGCAGCCUCACCGAGGCCAAAAACCUGCAGACUCAGUGGGUGAAAAAUUACGAGGAUGAGGUGAGUCGGCUACGUGCUGAGGUGGAAAACAUCAACGACAUGAGGAAGGUUCUGCCGAGCCAGUGCUACAAAAACGUGCGCCUCGAGCCGUAAAAGGGGCGCGCGCACCUGCCCCGCAUCUCGCACUAGUUUUUAGUCUCUCCUGUGCCUCUUCACCUCGACCACGUGCCAUUCGAUACUUAAGCAAUGAUAGAGAAGAGAGG